GACAGCAGUCGCAGGCCCAGCAAGAGAUGACGGCGCUGAUGAAAAAGGAGAUCUUGAAGUACGACGAGAAAAGCGGCAAGGUGAAAAUAUGCAUUGCAAAUGUGUCUGAGUCUGGAAGAGUGUGACUUGUCAUGCUAGGUAUGCAGCAUUCUGCAAAAAUCUGUGUUGCAUGAUUACCAAAAAAUGCUGUCGACUUCUGACCAAAUUGUAAUUGAGAGGGAGUUUCUCAUGUAGGACAGGCAAGAUAGAGAUCUCACAGACUUUGUCAUGCUAGUUCCUGCGUUCCAGACGUCAUCAUGGCUCAUGGCAAAUCUGCAUCACAAAGGCAUCCUUCCAGAUGACCCAGACAUAUUUGCAUUUGAUAGAAAAUCAACAUUAACAAAAUUUUGUCGGGGAAAAGCACGAAUGGGCGGACGCCUUGUGGAAACAAGUACAACAAGGGAAAAGGUGUUAAACAAGCACACGAAACGAAGAACGACGAUGCUGACAAGCAUGACAAACAGCGGCAGCUUGAUACUAUCCCUGACUUCACCGAAGAACUCCAGAAGCAACAAGAAGAGGAAGAGCAGAAGGAGCUGAUUCAGCAGGCUCUGGAGCAAUUGAACAGAAAAACAGAGAUGGAACUGACGUACGCGACGACUGGAG